UGACAUCGUUGUUUUUACAGCUCUAGCUUAAAUAAUAAAAGCAAAUAAACUAGGAAUAUUGAGGCGCUUCGCUUUUGUAUUUAUGUUGUGUUCUGAUCGAGUUCGUUGAUUCGAUCCGUUAACCCCAAGCCGAUCUCCAGCGGAGGACUCGACCUUGGAGGCCACUAGCCGGGCGUAAUUUACGCAACGAGAGCCACACAAAAUUCGCGAUAUUGCACACAACAGCAACAACAAAAACACUGGCGGUGGAGUGAAGAGUGGCAGGCAGAGAGGAGAACCAAGAACAGAACUGGGAGAAAGGGAGAACCGAGAACGGCGGAGAGAAAGGAGAACGGCAGCGAAUAGAAGAGGGAGACACAUAAACGCGAAAAGACCAACAGAAGCAUCAUGGCGAAUAUGGCAGUGUCGCGAAUCAAGCGGGAGUUCAAGGAGGUGAUGCGCAGCGAGGAGAUCGUCCAGUGUUCCAUCAAAAUCGAACUGGUCAAUGAUAGUUGGACGGAGCUGCGCGGCGAGAUUGCCGGUCCACCGGACACACCCUACGAGGGCGGCAAGUUUAUCUUAGAGAUCAAAGUGCCCGAGACAUAUCCCUUCAAUCCGCCAAAGGUCCGAUUUAUAACACGCAUCUGGCAUCCGAAUAUUUCAUCGGUUACGGGCGCUAUUUGCCUAGACAUUCUUAAGGACAAUUGGGCUGCAGCGAUGACACUGCGCACGGUGCUAUUGUCCCUGCAGGCACUGUUGGCCGCCGCCGAGCCCGAUGAUCCGCAGGAUGCCGUGGUCGCGUAUCAGUUCAAGGACAAGUAUGAUCUUUUCCUACUGACCGCCAAGCAUUGGACGAACGCAUAUGCAGGCGGUCCGCACACCUUUCCCGAUUGUGAUUCAAAGAUUCAACGCCUCAAGGACAUGGGCAUCGAUGAGCACGAUGCGCGCGCUGUCCUUUCGAAGGAGAACUGGAAUCUAGAGAAAGCAACAGAGUGCCUGUUUAGUUAGCUUGCUUGCUCCCAGCCUCGCCUGGCACCAGUACCACCAUCAACACCAGUAACUUCAACGACGACAACUCUUCAGAUCGGCGAUUCCCCUCCACUAAAUUCUUGUACAUCCAGCGGCAGCGGUGGCGGCGGCGACUGUUACAGCAAACAAGCAAUCACUACAAUCAGCUAAAUCUGUCAUUUAAAUUUUUGCAUAAUGCCUAACACGCGGUAGUCUAAGAGUAAGGCUAAGUCCAAACACCCCUACAUAACACCAACUCCUGAAAACAAAAUCAUAAUUGUAAAUUGUUGUUUUGGUUUACGAAAUUGCACUUGGCUCUUGUAAUUUA